GUGCUUCUUGUGUGAGCAUAAAAUAUUCAAAAAGAAUUAUAUUAUCCGUUUACUGCUUAUACUUUUCUAUUGGGUCUCGUCCAAAGUCCAAGCCCCCAUUACCCAACACGCCACAUCACACCACAAGCGAUGCGAUGAGGCCGAGGAAGUCGACCGGACGCCGGGCCGCCGGUUCGCCCGCCCGGUCCGUCCCCUCCGAACCGCUAGGGUUCCAACCGGUCCACUCCGCCGCCGCCGGGGAGCGCCGCUCCUCCGCCCUCUCCGCCACCCUCCUCGACGACGCCCCCGCGGGGCUCCUCCCCCGUGUCGGCGGCGCCGACGAGGACGAGCUCUUCUUCGGCGGCGGAGGGAGCGCGACGAACCCGCGGAGCUUCCCCUACAGCGUGAAGCAGCGGUGCUGGGAGAAGGCGGAGAAGGUGAAGGGGCGCGACCCCGAUCGGUGGCGCCGCGACACCCUGGGGAACAUCGUAUUCCGCAAGCUCGUCGGCUGCCCCGGUUGCCUCUGCCACGACUACGAUCACAUCGUCCCCUUCUCCAAGGGCGGAAAAAGCACAUUGGAGAAUUGCCAAGUUUUGCAGGCAACAGUAAACCGAUCUAAAGGGAAUAAGACUGAGAUAUCCAGAUCCGACCUUAUACAGAAGAGUGCUUAUUGCAGAGUUUCAGGGCGAGACAUGGAUCUUCUCGAACUCUCCGCCUAUGGUAAUGUCCGUCGAGCACCUGACUCAGGGGGUUGUAAUAUACAGUGAAACUAGGAAACCUUAUUUGAAAAUUGCCAUUAUUUCCAACAACUGCACAACUGACUGAGGAAAAGGAUUAGUGGUCAAUGAUAUUUGCGGCUGUAACAAUUACGCAUGUAAUCCGAUAUCUCUUGCGACGGUUUAUUUGAGGGCUAUUGUAACAUUUACCAAUGUAAUUCGAUGUUUCUUGCAUUGUUUAUUUUGGUGCUGUAGUUGUUUGCAUCUUCUGAGGCUAAAAUAUUCUGUUCAUGGAA